AUGAGCAUGCAAUAUUCAAAGGAAGAGCUUCUUUAGGCAUUUCAUCCUAUCAAAUUAAAGGAGUUCUUUGAAGGAAACCCCACGAUGCCUUAUAUCAUGUUUGAUCAUUAGGAGAUAUUUGUCUCUGUAUGUCAAAAUCCUGAAAAUUUGAAGUAAAACCCUCUAACUACCAACGAAAUAAAUAAUAUAGAUGAUAAUCUUGAAUCAGAAAGUAUUUAUCCUAAUGUUAUUUGUACUGAAGAGUAUUAUCCUCCACAAAGACAAGAGAUAUUCUAUAGAUUUCCCCUGAUUGUCGGAAAUGCAAAGUCAAGAAAUAGUGGUAGUUCUUAGAAGGGAUUAUCUAACUUAAAAAAUAUUAGCAGCGCUACGAGCUCACGUAAUGGAAGUUUUAUGUAAACAAGCAUGUGCUCAAGCAAUACUCCUGGAGGCUCAAAGCGUAAUUCAAAUUGUUCAGUUUAAAUAAAGCGCUCCUCUAAAAACUACAUUUAAGAUAUAAUCACUGAAUGUCGUAGAGGUAGCGGAACUAAGAGGUCAGAGUCUCCUGCGCUGCAAAAUGAGUCAUCACCCAAAAAAAGAAACAGUAAAUCAGCAACAUCUCCAUUUUCAUAAUCACCUAUGAUGAAAUCAGUUUAAUUAGAUGAAAGAGGAUGGUUUUAUAUUGAUGAAUAAGAUUGUAUAUAGGGACCAUUUACUUCUAUUGAGAUGGAUAAUUGGUACUUAAAAGGAUAUUUUUUGCCUACUUUGUUAGUAGGAUUCAAAAACACAAACAAAAAACUAUUCUUUUAGCUGUAAAAUUUAUAUUAGCCUCCUAAGCACCAUCGCUACUUAAAUAGAGAAGUAAAAGAAUUUUUAAAGAAUGAAAAGAGUAAUUUAAAGAAGCGUUCUGCUUCAUACGGACCUUCUUAAACCAAUUUUGUAAAGAAUAAAACUCAAGUAAGCUCAAAUUUUAACUAAUUUGUCAAUAAUGGUGAUUCUCCUAGUUCUAUAUACAUCUCAAAGAAUUACCCAAAACGUGUAAGACACUCAUCUAUUUUAAAUUCGACGCCUCGAGCUUGUUUAAAAAUGGAUGAGAUGAUAAAUCAAUUGCUUUCAAAAUAAAGCAAUGGAGGAUUUAGUGCUCUUGGAUGCGUUGGAAGUUAUAAAUAAGAGAGUUAUAAACCUGCUUCGAAUACACUUAUCUUGGCUAAUUAAUCAUCACAACAGAAAAGCAGUGAGGUAUUCAGCUCAGAAAAUGAACAAUACGAUGAAUACAAUAUUAAUGAAAGUCAAAAUGAAGAUAAUAACUCUACUAAUGAAACUCCUCUUGCAAAAAAAAAAAGAUUGUCUGAUGUAAUAUUUGUUGAUGUAAAGGAUUGCCUUUAAAGGAAUAACAAAAAGCUCAAAGAAAAGUAAAGUACAAAAUUGCAAUUUGAUAAAGUUACCUAGGCUAAUAAAAUUGACGAAGAUUAUAGCAAAGAAGAUACGGAAUAGAAAAAAUAAUUAGCUUGGAGAACUGAAAAACCUACUGGAGAUUCUGCCAAUUCUUUGAAAUUUACAAAGCCAUAAAUCAACAAUUCACUUCAUUUCUCAAAGAGGACUGAAACUUAAGAACUAGAGUGA